AUGAAAUCAUCAGUUGAGUGUGGAAAUGAUGAAUUAUUUUCAAUUUUUCAAUUUUUGGAUCCCCAAAGUAUUUUAAAUUCAUGUGUGAGAGUGAGUCAGAGGUGGAAACAAGUGGCUUGUUGCAAUGCAUUGUGGAAGUAUUUUUGUAAUUCUAUUUUGAUGAAUGAUGUUUUUGAAUGGAAUUUGGAAUUGGAACGUUAUGGUUCCUACUAUCAAAAUGAUGAUUGGAAUGAUGUCCAUAAUGAUGGAAAUCAAAUGGAUGACUAUUAUUGGUAUAACGUGUUUCAUUAUAUAAUGUUCAGAAUACCAAUUUUUAAAUCAUGCUCAAUUGAGUGUUCCAGUAACUGGAACUCAAGGACUCAAUUAGAAGAAUAUUAUGAUUUCCUUGUUCCACCAUCAAGUUAUGAAUGGUUAGAAAGAAUGAAAACUCCGCAGCACGGCAAUAAUGUUGUGGAAGAGUAUUCAGUUCAAGAACAAGAUGAACAUGAAUAUUCCAGACAAAUUCUGUCAACAAACGAGUUCGAUCGAUAUCAAAUCUCACAGCAAUAUGUGCUUGCAAAAAUUGCAGCCCUAUUGACGAUUUUAAGUAGUGGUUCCCAUUGCACUCCAAACCCAUGGAAUGAUAAGCUCUUUCUGAGUUUAUUUGAAUUUGACGACAAAAACAACACGUGGCAAGUGAAAAGAACAACAACCAUAUCAGUGGCUGCAUUUUGUGUUUGCCAAAUGUUUCCUGGAUUGGGUACAAUGAAAUUGAGACAACUAGUUACAUCACGUUCUCCACAAAGCAACAACUUACUAAUGUCCAUUGCUCCACCUAUUGAAGAUUCCAGUCAUGUCAAGCCAUUUUGUUUUUUUGAAUACAUGGAUCAAUAUUUUGAAACAGCAUGGAACAUGACACAGUUCAACAAUUGGAAAACCCAGAAACUAUUGUUAAUAGUAGUUACGAAGUCAUCAAAACAGCGCAAUUUUGUUGGUACGAUUCUUGGGACGAUCGAUACGAGCAUUUCUUUUGGCUUCCUAUUCUAUUUAAUGCGGGAGGUCGUUUGA